GGGCUGAAGCCGGGAGCUCGGCGCGGCAGCGGCAACAGCAGCGUCUGACACAGCCGCGCAUCCGCCUCCUUCCCUCCCUGCCGGCUCAGGGAGACCAAGCGGCCGAGCGCUGCUCCGACACCCUCGCCAGCCCCGGCCCGGCUCGGCCUAGUUGAUUAACCGCAGCGCCGAAAUUGCCUACCUCUGGCUCCCGGCUCCUUGUUUCAGAGGAGAGGGAUUUCCCUCAGCUUCGCCUCAUCCCUUCCUUCCUCCUCAUCUCUCCGUUAUCCCCUCCCUCCCUCCCUCUGCUGACCCAGCGCGCCCAUUUUCUCGCUCGGCUUUUCCUCCAUUCGCAUCCCUCACCAUGAGGCUGAAGGGCCGGGGAUGCUGCGCCCCGGGCGGAGGCAACGGAGGAGGCGGCGGCGGGGAGGAGGAGAAGCAGCCACAGCAGCCGCCCGGGCCGGCCCCUCCGCCGGUGCGGAGCCCCUUCGCGCACCACCUGCGCUUCAGCGCCCUGCAGAAAGCCAAGAUUGCCUUCAUGACGCUGACCCUGUUCCCUAUCCGGCUGUUUUUUGCUGCUUUCAUGAUGUUGCUGGCCUGGCCUUUUGCAUUCAUCGCAUCCAUGGGACCUGCAGACAGAGAAAUAGAAAAACCCCACUCCUGGUGGCGAAAGUUUGUGGAUGUCAUGCUGAAGGCCAUCAUGAGGACCAUGUGGCUUGCUGGGGGAUUCCACUGGAUCAAUGUGAAGGGCAGGCAGGCCUUGCCCACUGAAGCAGCAAUAUUGACUCUGGCUCCGCAUUCCUCGUACUUUGAUGCUAUACCUGUAACAAUGACCAUGGCCUCCAUUGUCAUGAAAGCAGAAAGCAAAGAUAUUCCUGUUUGGGGAACUCUAAUCAAAUACAUUCGACCCGUGUUUGUAUCUCGAUCAGAUCAGGAUUCCCGCAGGAAAACUGUUGAGGAGAUAAGGCGGCGUGCUCAGUCAAAUGGCAAAUGGCCACAGAUUAUGAUAUUCCCAGAAGGAACAUGCACUAAUCGAUCCUGCCUAAUUACCUUCAAGCCUGGAGCAUUUAUCCCUGGAGUGCCUGUCCAACCUGUGAUUUUACGUUAUCCAAACAAACUGGAUACAAUUACAUGGACAUGGCAGGGUCCAGGAGCGUUGAAAAUUCUGUGGCUUACUUUGUGUCAGUUUCAUAAUUUUGUGGAAAUAGAGUUCCUGCCUGUGUAUAUACCCUCUGAAGAAGAAAAGAGAAACCCAUCUCUGUAUGCAAAUAACGUGAGACGGAUCAUGGCACAGGCUUUGGGAGUUCCAGUAACGGACUACACUUUUGAAGAUUGCCAGCUAGCUUUGGCUGAAGGACAACUUCGUCUCCCUUCAGACACCUGCCUCUUAGAAUUUGCAAAGCUUGUGAGAAGCCUUGGAUUAAAGCCAGAGAAACUUGAAAGAGAACUUGAUGCAUAUUCAGGAAAUACCAAGAGAAUGAAAGACAAAAGGGUCAGUCUCAAGGAGUUUGCGGAAUUCCUAGAAGUCCCAGUUUCUGACACAUUAGAAAACAUGUUUGCACUUUUUGAUGAGAAGGAAGGGGGUCUGAUUGACUUAAGAGAAUAUGUAAUCGCUUUGUCAGUAGUCUGUCGGCCAUCCAAAACCUUGCAAACGAUACAGCUGGCUUUUAAGAUGUAUCAGUCAGAAACUGGAGCUCUAACAGAAGAAGAUUUAACUUGCAUUUUAAAGACUGCCAUGGGGGUUUCAGAUCUUAAUGUGUCAAACCUUUUCAGAGCUAUAGACGUCGACGAAAGGGGGGAAAUUACAUACGAGGAUUUCCACAAGUUUGCCGAAAUGUAUCCAAACUUUGCUGAGGAGUAUUUAUAUCCCGAUCAAAUGGAGACUGAUAGCUGCCCUGCUCCUAACGGUUUCUGUACAGACUUCAGCCCAGAAACUACUGAAGACAGAAGAAAUCACCUGCAGAAGAAACUGAAUUAAUGUUAACAAUUCCAGCGUCCUCUUCUGGUGAGAGGAGUGUGUCCUGUCUUGGGCUCGUCAUAGUCACACAACUAUGUAAUCUGAAGUAUGUGAGGGGUGUGUAAGACAGAGAGGAAAGUGUGUGUGUGUGUGUGUGUGUGUGUGAGAGAGAGAGAGAGACAGAGAGAGAGAGAGAAGAUUUUGCUGCAUUAAUGAGCAUCUUCAGACUUCCUGUUUGGAAGAUCUUGGUUUUUUCCAUCAGCAUCUUGGAAAGUAAAGAAUGUAAAUGAACUUUUAAUUUGUGUACUUAAAAAGAAGAUGCUUGCAUAUUUAUAUUCCAUUGUUUAGUUCCAUGUACAAAGUGUCCUACAAAGUGUGCAUGUGUAAAGAAUACUGUAGCUCCUAUGGUGUUAAGUGCACUUCGGUGAUUAGUGUUAUUCCUGUUUAGGGAAUUGUUUGGGUUCAAGUUCCGCUUUCCUUCUUCAUGUGAAGACACAACUAUUUACUGCUGACUCUGGUCACUGGUCUUCUGAACAAGGCUAGCUCAAUUUAGCCCUUUUGUUUUCAUUUCAGCAAACAGUUAAAGGAAGAAAAGUAUGCAAAAAUAUUUUUAACUAAGGAAUUUUUAAAAUUAUUUUUCUUGUAAGAGGACUUUUUUGCCAUUCAGUUCAUGGUAGUAUUAAAAAUUGGAAGGGCGUGGUUGUUCCCUGGGUUGUGUGCAUUCUGUGCUAAAAGCAUGAAAACAUCUGUACCAAGUAACAUAAAUUCAAAGAAAACUGAAUUCCGAGGUUUAUAUAAACUAGAUAAUCUUCCACAUUAUAUAUAGUUCUGCUUUUCCUGAAUGUGGGCAAUGACCAAAACAAAAUAAAAUGAGGCAGGUUUGAGAGAGACUGAGGCCCAGUGUGAUGUAGUACUUGAGAGUGUUAGCCUAGCGCCAGGAAGACCUGAGUUUGAAUCCUGGCUCAGUCACAAAGCUCACCAGUUUACCUAGGGCCAGUCACACUCUCAGCCACACCUGCCUCACAAGGUUGUUGUGAGAAUGAAAUGGACCGGAAGGAACCCUUGAGUUCCUUGGAAGAAUGGUGGGAUACAAAUUGCCCCUGACCUCUGGAAAGUCAUAUUAUUCCCAUUAUAAAAAGCUGCUGAGAUUUCAUAGCCCAGAUACUUUCACUUUUAUCUUCACAUCUUAAGGGCCAGAAAUGUUCAUUUUUUAAAAAAUGAAAGCUAAAAUUCUCAGGAUGCUGAAUACUGCCCUCAAUUCAAAUUUAUUUAAUUAUUGGGUAUGAACACAGAACGCCACACAGCCCUGGCCACAUUCCUGCCUUUUCUGUUGUAUUUCACUUAGGGUUUUCUAGCAGGGGAUAAUUAAACAAGGUAUAUUUUAAUCAGCUUCAAUGGAUUUGGCUUUUUUUGCACAGAAACAACACAAUGCAUAAUGGAGACUGAACAGGCAUAAAAUAAACCAUUUUUAACACCAGAAAGCCAUCAGUUCUUGUGAACUGCCCUGAGACCUGUGGGUAUAGGGAAGUAUACAAAUUUAAUAAAUAAUAAUAAAAUAGUCCCUCAUAAUCACCCACAGAUAUCAUAAGAUUUGGUUGUACACGUUUUCAGAAAGAACGCUUGGUAAUAUCCGACUCCAUUUUUUAAAAUAUCCCUGCCUUAGUGACUUUUUCAUUGCAAGACGCUUUUCAAAUCAAUGUAUUGCCUCAAAUGGUCACAAAACCUCAUUGUUCUGAAAUGUGUUUUCCUACAGUCCACAGCUUUUCUACAGUUAAAAACUGGACAUUAAAAAAAAA